AUGGGUUUCCACAGAUUCGAUUCUGGCCCAAAGAAAACUGGUUGGCUAGUCAAUAUCCAUCCUGCAACAAUUUUUAACGAAAAUGAUUCAAGACUACUUGGCUAUUCUGCUGUGGAUCUUUAUUUCUUGGAUAAAGAAGGCGGAACCUUUAAAUCAUCUGUUCUAUAUGACCCUUAUUUUCUACUAUCAUGUUCAAAUACCAAUUACCAAAAUGAAGUGGAAGAAUUUUUAACAAAAAAAUUAGAAGGCUUGUUAAAAAAAAUACUGAAAAUAUCAAAAGAAGAUUUAAAAUUGACAAACCAUUUAAUCGGAAUUCAGAGAAGUUAUCUCAAAAUUUCCUUUCACAAUGUAUCUGAUCUAAUCGAAGCAAGAAGAAUAAUAAAUCAAAUUCUAGCUUCAAAUAAAAAAACAAACAAAAUGAAAGACAUUUACCAAUCAAUUGCCGACCUAGAUAAUUUUAAUGACAACGAUUAUGAGAGUUUCAGCAAAAAUAUUUACAAUUCCAACAGCUUCAAUAAAAAUAACAGCAGUACUGGCAUAAACGCUUCUCAAUUUAUUGAUGACAUCCGUGAAUACGAUGUGCCUUAUCAUGUAAGAGUAGCAAUAGAUAAAAAUAUAAGAGUUGGAAAAUGGUAUAGUGUCGAUCCCAAUGGUGAUUCAGAAAACAAUAUAAUUCUCACAGAAUUGGAUUUAGUGGUUCCUGCCGAUCCUGUAAUUCUUGCCUAUGAUAUUGAAACUACUAAAGCUCCAUUGAAAUUUCCCAAUUCUAGCGUGGAUCAAAUAAUGAUGAUUUCUUAUAUGAUUGAUGGCCAAGGCUAUUUAAUAACAAACAGAGAAAUUAUCAGCAAAGAUAUUGAAGAUUUUGAAUAUACUCCAAAGCCUGAAUACCAAGGGUUAUUUGAAAUUUAUAACGCUCCAAAUGAAUUUGAAUUGAUAAAAUAUUUCUUUCAGCAUAUAAGAGAUGUGCAACCAACUGUUAUUGCAACUUUUAAUGGUGAUUUUUUUGAUUGGCCAUUUGUAGAAGCAAGAGCUGAUUAUCAUAGCAUUUCAAUGUUUGAUGAAAUAGGUUUUAGAAAAGAUUCCGAAGGUGAAUAUAAAUCAACAUACUGUGCCCAUAUGGAUUGCUACAAAUGGGUCAAAAGAGAUUCUUAUCUACCUCAAGGGUCUCAAGGUUUGAAAGCUGUCACUUUAGCGAAGCUAGGUUAUAAUCCUCUUGAAUUAGAUCCAGAACUAAUGACUCCAUAUGCUAUUGAACAACCCCAGAUUCUUUCCGAAUAUUCUGUUUCCGAUGCUGUUGCUACUUAUUACCUAUAUUACAAAUAUGUUCAUCCUUUUAUAUUCUCUUUAGCCACUAUCAUUCCAUUAAAUCCUGAUGAAGUUUUAAGAAAAGGUACUGGUACUUUAUGUGAAAUGUUGUUGAUGGUUCAAGCAUAUGUUCAUGGCAUUGUAUUUCCAAAUAAACAUAUUGAUACCCUAGAAAAAUUUUAUGAUGGUCAUUUAUUAGAAUCUGAAACAUAUGUUGGAGGUCAUGUCGAAUCUUUAGAAACUGGUGUUUUUAGAGCAGACUUGAAUUAUGAUUUCAAAAUUGAUACAACUGUCAUUGACGAAUUUUUGGAAAUGUUACCUGGAAUAAUCAAAUUUUGUGUAACAGUUGAAAAUAAAAAAUCCAUGGACGACAUCGUAAACUAUCAAGAAGUUUAUACCGAAAUGAAAAACCGAUUACUAAAAUUUAAAAGCAAACCGAAAUUAUUUGAAAAACCUUCGAUUUAUCAUGUUGAUGUUGCUUCAAUGUAUCCCAAUAUUAUGAUAUCAAAUCGUCUACAGCCAGAUUCAAUUAAAUUUGAAAAGGACUGUGCCCUAUGUGAAUUCAACACUGCUGGUAAAGAUUGUGAUAGGAAACUCACUUGGUCCUGGAGAGGAGAGUUUUAUCCUACAAAAAUGAAUGAAUAUAAUAUGAUUAAACGAGCUUUACAAAAUGAAUCUUUUCAAUCGCUACAGGGAAACCAGCAAAAAGAAUUUAAUAAUCUUGUUUAUGGGGAUCAGAUGCACUACUUGAAAAAAAAUUUGAAUAGUUAUUCCAGGAAGGUUUAUCAUAGAAUAACAGUUACAGAGACAAUUAAAAAGGAAUCAAUUGUUUGUCAGAAAGAAAAUCCAUUUUAUAUCAACACUGUUCGAGAUUUUAGAGAUCGUAGAUAUACAUAUAAAAAAAAGGCUAAAGAAUGGAAACAAAAGGCAUCUAAAGUAGAUCAUGAUGACCAUCAUACAUUAGAAGAGGUCAGGAAAAUGAUAGUCACAUACGACUCUUUGCAACUUGCUCACAAAGUCAUUUUGAAUUCUUUUUAUGGUUAUGUUAUGAGAAAAGGUUCUAGAUGGUAUUCUAUGGAAAUGGCAGGCAUAACCUGUUUGACAGGUGCUACAAUUAUCCAAAUGGCAAGAUCUGUUGUUGAAAGAUUUGGAAGACCGUUGGAGUUAGAUACUGAUGGUAUAUGGUGUAUUAUUCCUUCUUCAUUUCCAGAUGAUUUUACCAUAAAACUUAAGAAAGGGAAGAUUUCUCUUUCAUUUCUAUGUUCCAUGUUGAAUUAUUUAGUACACCAAAAAUUCACAAACCAUCAAUAUUAUGAAUUAAAAAACAAAGAAAGAUUUGAGUACGCUGUGAAAAAGGAAAACUCCAUAUUUUUUGAAUUAGAUGGACCUUAUAGAGCAAUGGUUUUGCCCACCUCAAAAGAAGAAGGAAAGGGUAUCAAAAAGAGGUAUGCUGUUUUUAAUUUUGACGGUUCUAUUUCAGAAUUGAAGGGGUUUGAAUUAAAAAGAAGAGGUGAGUUACAAUUGAUCAAGAAUUUUCAAUCAGACAUAUUUAAAGUUUUUCUUGAGGGAAAAACCUUAGAAGAAUGUUAUUUAUCUGUUGGAGGUAUUGCAAAUAGAUGGUUAGAUGUUCUAGAAACCAAGGGGAAAAUGCUUGAAGAUGAAGAUUUGAUAGAACUCAUUUCGGAAAAUAGAAACAUGAGUCGACCUUUAGCAUCAUAUAAAGGUCAGAAAUCAACAUCAAUUACAACAGCAACAAGACUUGGGGAAUUUCUAGGUUUUGAAACUGUUAAAGAUGCUGGAUUGAAAUGUUCUUACAUUAUUUCUACCAAGCCCAGAGGCUCUCCAAUUACCGAGAGAGCAGUUCCUGUUGCAAUUUUUUCUGCGGAUAUUUCUCAAAAAAGAAUGUUUCUUAGAAAAUGGUUGGCGGAUUUCUCUUUGGAAGACUUUGAUCCUCGGAAUAUUAUUGAUUGGUCGUAUUAUAGAGAACGUUUGGCUUCCACAAUCCAGAAAAUCAUCACGAUUCCAGCAGCAAUGCAAAAUGUUAUUAAUCCGGUUCCUAGAGUUUUACAUCCUGACUGGUUGCAAAAAAAAAUUUUUACUAGCAAAGAUGCAAAGAAACAAUCAAGUUUGGCAGGUUUUUUAACGAAAGGGAAAGUUUCUGCCAUUAUACCUGAACCAGAAGAUAUUGAGGACUUUGGAAAGCAAACUGGUGUGAAAAAAACUGCAAAAGUAUUAUCCAAUAAAAGAAAAGCUAAACAAGCUGAAAAUGAGGAUAUGGAUGAUGAUGAGUUAAUAGGACCAUGUCCCAAAAUUGAUGAAGAUUAUGUUGGAUGGUUGAUGUUUCAAAAAAAGAUAUGGAUCAAACAAAAUGAGAAACUCCAAACACAGGAGCGUCUUUUUGGUAAAGCAACCAAGUAUGUUUCUGAAAGUGUUAGAAAUAUGAUGCUAAAACAGGUUGAGCUGUAUGCUAAUGAAACAUGGCAAAUAUUAGAAUAUAAAGCCACUUCUAUUCCCGGUAAUGUUAUAGCAUUUGCUUUAAUCAAUAAUAAUAUACAUCAAGUUAAACUUCAAGUUCCCAAAACAGUAUAUUUAAAUAUAAAAACCAAUCCUGCUCCAAGAAUGGAUAUUCCAAAAUGUGAAAUUGAAAAGGUUAAAAAGGAAUUACCAAAUGGAUCUCCUAAUAAUCAAUUGUAUAAAGCAGUAUUACCGGAAUCUGUUUUUAUAACUGAAUCUUCUAGACCCGGUGGCUAUUUUGAGAAAAAUGUUGAGGAAAUUUAUGAAUCUCAUGUAAAUACUCUGGAAAGAUUGAUGAUUGAAUUAGGAACAUGUUGUCAAUUUGAUUCUUCUAAAAUUGGGUCGCUAAGCAAAGGGUUGUCUGAAGGAAUCCAUGUUAGCGAUUUACGCCUGGCUAAUAAUAGUAGCUAUCUUUCUAGAUCGUUUGUUAAUGUUGUUUAUUUGCUUCAUAUUUUUUCGAAUCAAUAUGAAAUAUUUGUGUUGUUUGUUGGAUUUGAGAAUAAAGCAUAUGUUUUAGUUUUAAAGCCGUCACACAAUUCACAAAACUUGACAAGUAAAAUAGAGAGAGAAUAUGGAGUGUUGUACAAAGAAAAUGAGAAGAAAAUAUCUUCAUUUCAAAAUAUAAUUGAGUAUUCAAAUGAUAUGGAGUUUGAUGUUUCGUAUUUUAGUGAUUCCAAGAAACUUGAUAAAAAAGUUGGAUCAUUGUGUUCAAAAAUAUUUGAUGAAAGAGGGAGGUCUAGUAUAAUGGUAUUUCAGUCACCAUUUGUGUCUAAAGUUCUUAAAAGUAUCAAGGUACUUGGUAAUUUUCCAGUUAUUAAGUUGGCAAGUAGCGAAGUAAAGUUGUCAGUUUUACAAUGGCAAACAGGAAUUGUUUCUAAUUUUUUGAAAUCCUAUUUUUCACUUGGGACAGUUUUAAGUGAACUUAUUUCAUUUUCUAGAUAUUCGAAUAUUCCAAUCUGCAAUUUGCCGUUGAAUAAUAUUGGGUUUUUGAUAGAUAUUGAGUAUUCGAGAAUGUUAUCAAAGGGCGAUGUUGUUCUUUGGUGGUCUAAAAAUACAAUUCCAGACCAUGGGGGAUCAGAAAAGGAUCAAAUUAUUCCAAUGACUGAAACAUUUGAGUUUCCUUCGAUGAAUAAAGGUGAAGUUUAUGAGACGGUUUCGAUAGAAGUGUCUGUGUCUAAUUUGAUUGUUAACACGUUAUUAUCAUCGAGUUUAGUGAAUGAGGCUGAAGGAGCAGAUCUUGCGAAUUCAGACGUGUUUGAAAACAAUGUUAUAAACGAUCAAGGAACUUUAGCAGAAGAUUCAUUUUCUAGUAAAGCGUUGGGAAUUUUGAAAAAAAUUGUAAAGAGGUGGUGGGAAGAUGCACUUUUGGGAGAUAGGAAUGGUGAUUUGAUGAUACAUAAUUUUGUGUUGUGGCUUCAAACAUCGAAAUCGUAUUUGUAUGAUCCAGUUUUGCAUUACCAUAUUGAAAAUUUGUCGAAGAAGGUGUUUCUUCAAUUAAUUAAGAAGUUUCAAGAAAUGGGAACAUAUGUGUUUUAUGCAAACCGAGGGAAGUUGAUAUUGAAUACUUCAAAGUUGUCAUUGGCAAGUUCGUAUGCAUUUUGCCAGUACAUCAUAAAGGCGAUUCGAACCAAUUCACUUUUCCAUUAUUUGGAAUUGAGCAUUGUGAAGUAUUGGGAUUUAGUGAUUUGGAUGGACCAGUAUAAUUAUUCGGGCAAGUAUUGCGAGGAAAUUGAUGAGGAGUCUGAUAAGGACAUUGUUACAAUGUAUGAAUCGAACUGGCAAUUGAAAAGAUUUUUACCUCUGUUGUUGCAGGGUGAGUUUGAGGAUUGGGUUGUUGUUUAUUUGGAGCUUUUAGAGGCACAUAAAAAGAAACAGUGCCGAAUAAACUCGGCGAGUUAUAUAGGAAAAUGGGGCAGAAAGAAGAAAGGUGCAAAGGGAGAUGAGGAGGAGGCAGAAAAACUAUUUGAAUCGAUAAGAUUAGCACUUCAGCAGCGGAUUGGAGCUUUGAGACGAGGUCAGAAUGAAGCAAUGAUGAAUCAGAAAACACGACAUGAAUAUGAUUUUCCAAAGUUUCCAAUAUCGUCAGAAAAACAAAAGGAUCCAACACUAAUGCUCGUGAAAUUUAUUCUUGCAGUUUACGCUUUGUCGAGAAAGAGAAACAUGGAGGUGAGCUUAUUGAGGAGGGACUUGCUAAAUAUAUUUGAUGUUGGGGAGUUCAACGAGAGUGCCAUUUUCAAAAACCCAGGAAUUUCGCUAAAACUCAGUUCUGUGGUGUGCCAAAGCUGCAGCUAUGUUAAGGACAUUGAUUUCUGUCGCGACACAGAGCAGAGGAUCUGGAUAUGUGACAGUUGUGGUGACAAGUUCAACAGCAUUGCCAUAGAAGAGCAGCUAGUGGCCCUUUUGCAAAAGUGGAUAACGACUUACUGCAACCAGGACUUGAAGUGCGAGCGAUGCAAGAAGAUCAGAAGUGACCCCUUAUCCAAGUACUGUAUCUGCUCUGGAAGCUGGGGCUACACAAUGGACAGGAAAAGUGUCUUAAAACAGAUAAAGUUGUUGGAAGCUGUUGCGAUCCAUUUUGACUUUAGAAUUCUUCUUGAGUGUUUUAGCGAUUUAUAG